AUGGGUAAGAUGGACAACACCUCCGUGGAGCUGAGCUCCCCCUCCGAGGUGAAGCAGGCAGCCUUGGAGGAGACAGAGACCAUCGCCCCAGAGGCUGUGAGCACGAAGAAGAAGAAGAAGGAGAUCCCAGACAGAGGCUCCUGGAAAGGCAGAUUUGACUUCUUGCUGUCCUGCGUGGGCUAUGCUAUUGGGCUGGGCAACGUCUGGCGCUUCCCGUAUCUUUGUGGCAAGAACGGAGGAGGGGCCUUCCUCAUUCCCUAUUUCUUGACACUGGUGUUUGCUGGGAUUCCUCUCUUCCUGCUGGAAACUGCCCUGGGCCAGUAUACCUCUGUCGGUGGACUGGGAGUCUGGAAAUUAGCACCCAUGUUUAAAGGAGUGGGGCUGGCAGCUGUGGUUCUUUCCUUCUGGCUGAACAUCUACUACAUUGUCAUCAUCGCCUGGGCUCUCUACUAUCUCUUCAACUCCUUCACCGCGGACUUGCCAUGGCAGAGCUGUGGGAACGCCUGGAACACCGACCGCUGCUUCUCCAACUACUCCCUGGAUGACACCACCAACCUCACCAGUGCCGUCACCGAGUUCUGGGAGAGGAACAUGCACCAGAUGUCCGGGGGCCUGGGAGAGCCUGGCACCGUCCGCUGGCCCCUGGCUGGCACGCUGGCCCUGGCCUGGUUACUGGUCUACUUCUCCAUCUGGAAGGGUGUGGAGUGGACAGGCAAGGUGGUGUAUUUCUCGGCCACUUACCCCUACUUCAUGCUGUUCAUCCUCUUCUUCCGGGGAGUCACGCUGCCGGGAGCCAAGGAGGGGAUCCUCUUCUACCUCACGCCUGACUUCAGAAGGCUCUCUGACUCCGAGGUCUGGAUGGACGCAGCCACACAGAUCUUCUUCUCUUACGGCCUGGGGCUGGGGUCCUUGAUUGCUCUGGGGAGCUACAACACUUUCCACAACAAUGUCUACAGAGACUCCAUUAUUGUCUGCUGUAUAAACUCCACCACAAGCAUAUUUGCCGGAUUUGUCAUUUUCUCUAUUGUUGGCUUCAUGUCGCACAUCACGAAGAAGUCUAUCUCGGAGCUGGCCUCCUCAGGCCCUGGACUGGCUUUCCUCGCCUACCCACAGGUUGUCACCCAGCUGCCCUUGUCCCCACUCUGGUCAAUCCUCUUCUUCUCCAUGCUGAUGAUGUUGGGUCUGGAUAGUCAGUUCUGCACCGUGGAAGGGUUUAUUACAGCCCUGAUGGAUGAGUAUCCUCAUCUCCUGAGAGCCAGGAAGAAGGUCUUCAUCGCGGUAGUCUGCUUCAUCUCUUAUCUCAUUGGAUUCUCCAACAUCACCCAGGGUGGCAUUUAUGUCUUCAAGCUGUUUGAUUACUACUCAGCCAGUGGCAUGUGCCUUCUCUUUCUCGUCUUCUUUGAGACCAUCUCCAUUUCUUGGUGUUAUGGUGUGAACAGGUUUUACAGGAACAUUGAAGAAAUGAUUGGCUACAAACCUUGCAUCUGGUGGAAGAUCUGCUGGGCUUUCUUCACUCCUCUUGUCUGCCUGGGCGUGUUCUUUUUCAGCGUGGUGGAAAUGACGCCUCUGACACUGGGAAAAUACGUCUAUCCUGCGUGGGGACAAGGCAUUGGUUGGCUUAUGGCUCUGUCCUCCAUGGUUCUGAUUCCGGGAUACAUGCUAUACUGUUUCUUCACCUCAACGGGGACCCUCCGGCAGCGUUUGCAGCAGAUGACACAGCCCAAGCCAGAGGUGCACACUCAGAACAAUGGCCUCCAGCCGAAGACAUCCUUGAACGGGAGGGUUUCAGAUGCUGCUGUGUAGGAGGACAGCCUGGACCUCCUCAUCCUGCCCUGUAGCUGCUCGUGCCGCGUUGUCCCUUGUGCUCCUCCAGCACGGCUCACUGUCCCCAGCUCUGCGGUGGCUUUUGCUUGUUGAAGAGAAGACCUGAUGGAGGAACCCUCUCAUGUCUCUUCCUCCCAGCACAGCUUCCCAAAGCUCUGCCUGAGCUGCCACCACGACAUUGUGUGCUGACCAUCUUCAUCACGCAACAUCUUGGUUCAGGCUCUCAGAGAUGAGUGGACAGUGCCCAGGUCUUCCUCCUCCUGACAAGAGACGGUGUUUCUAGAGAGCUUGACUGCUGACCACUUCGCUCUUCUUGCCUUUUCACAUGCACCUCCACAGAGAUGCACACAGCUGUGCUGUCACCCCAGAGAUCCGGAUGCCACCAGGUUUGAAUCCCAGAUGGUUGUGGAUGGAUCUACCAUAAACCAGAACCAGCAAACGCAUAACUGAAGGGCAUGUGGCAGAAAGAGGGCAUCCAGUGAGGAGUCCAGCGUGCUGGUAGCUGUAGGACAUGACCCUGAAACUGGAGAAGUGCAUGAGGAUAGUGUGGGCUGCUCACAGGUGCCACGUUUCAGGCCUCUGCAGUCUCUGGCCAAUUCCACCGUGUCCAUCGGGGCUGGUACUGUGAGCCAGAGCUUGGCAGACCAGGCAGCCUUUUUCUUCUGGAGCGUCCCACCCUCUGCAGCUGUGUGCAGUAACCUCCCCGUGACCCUAAAAUGCAAUUGAGAGAGUAAGUGGAAGGCUCUUUGCUAGGGGCUGUCCCAGUAUCCUGCACUGACCGUGCUCUGCUGCAAUCAGCUUUGUGCAGAGGUGUGCUAAGUGAUGGGGAGACUUUCCAGCACAGUAGAAAUCUUCCCCCCAGCUGGAACAGGGCAGUUCCUGCCAAAUACCCUCCCUGGCUGCAUCCCUGGGUGAGAGGCAGUAUGUGUGCCCAUGGGUGGUUUAGCUUUACCUUUUUUGGGAAGUGGCAACACCUAAAUCCCAGCCAGUGGGAGGCAGAAGCUCCUGGGGCAGCUGGUAGGACAUAGCCACCAUGCUUAAACCCACCUCCAUGAACCGGUGCUGACUUCCCUUGGGAGUUGUCUGUAUCACUAGCCACUGGGACUGGCACAUCCCAACUCAAAGCACACACAGCAUAGAGGCCAUGAGCUGUUUUAGAUGAUGCUGGAGGAGUGUAUAACACCUUGGAGAAAGCUGGGAAAUAUUUCAGAGCUGUCCUAAAACAACAGCGUAUUUCUGGUUUGUAAAGCCUUGAGAAAGGAGGUAGCUCAUCAUAGCACCACAUGUAGGUGUGACAGUGAUGCUCCCAUUUGUGACAGCCUCCCAAUGACCCCACGCAGAGAUACCCAUGUACUCGGAGCAUUUGAUGAGCACCCAUUGUACGUGUGCGCACACAGUAUGGCUCAGUGCAAAUUAGUCUCUCCCCUCUCUUGGCACCCAACAGUGUUGCCAGGUCUGCUGGCCUGCCUUCCCACAGGCUUGCACUCCUUAGCUCAGCUCAGAGUCCAUGAAUUCAUACAUGAAUGUCUGAGUCCAUGAAUUCAUAAAUGAAUGUCUGAGUGGGAUGUACCUAUCCCACUCACGCUGUGAAGCUGUGACAUGAUGCAGGUCAGCACUGUGCUGUCCAUGCCCGGGACCAGCUGGUGCACAGAGCCAAUGUGCUCUUCUGCUUGUCUUCCAGCCUGAGGAUCAGUAGUAUAAGGAGGAAAGAAGUCUUAGGGCCACAAAACUGUUCACCUGGAACACCUGUAUUGUAAGGACAGGCUGAGAGAGUUGGAGUUGUUCAGCCUGGAGAAGAGAAGGCUCCAGGGAGACCUUAUUGUGACCUCUCAGUACUUAAAAAGGGCCCAUAAGAAAGAUGGGGACAGACUUUUCAGCAGGGCCUGUUGCGAUAGGACAAGGGGUGAUGGUUUUAAAUUAAAGGAGGGGAGAUUCAGGCUAGACAUGAGGAAGAAAUUUUUUACAAAGAAGUUGGUGAAACCCUGGCCCAGGUUUCCCAGAGAGGUGGUAGAUGCCCCAUCGCUGGAGACAUUCAAGGUCCGUCUGGAUGGGGCUUUGAGCAACCUGAUCUAGUUGAAGAUGUCCCUGCUCAUGGCAUGGGGUUGGACUAGAUGACCUUUGAAGGUCCCUUUCAACCCAAACUGUUCUCUGAUUCUAUGAUUCUAUAGUGAUUAAAUCUCAAGUUGUCCACCUUGAGGGUUGGGUCUCCUACCAGCUCACCAAUGCACCUUGGUUAACGUUGCUUUAGAUGUGUAACCAAUGUGUGCUUGUACACAUGGCAUGUGCUGUGUCCUGGAUUUUAGCAGUUCUGCCUGCCAGGACUCGAGUGCAUGUUUUGCAGUCUCCAACACCACCAGCUGAGAUCAUGCCCUGUCCCGCUACUACUUGUUAGGGUGUUUACAUCAAAAAAAUCGCAGCUGUUAAAUCAACAUGAGGAAACGCUGAAUUUACAGGCUUGAUCUUGUAAAGCCGAAAGCCAAACACUGAAAGUUGCAAUCAUAGUUCAUCACAAUUAAUCUCAGCCAGUCACAGACGUGUCAUCUUUCCUUGUCCUGUAACUGCAAGCACUAGUAAGGCUGAAAUUUUCUAUUCCACUUUCACCUAUAUUUAUAAACCAGGAGAUAAAGGAAACCACUCCUUAUAUACAUAUAUGUCCUUUGAGAGCGACAUCUGUGUUGAAAGCAGAUGUUAACUUCUGAUCUUUGUGGCAAUGACUUUACUGAAAACCUGCUUUUGCCUGUGCACCCAGGUCACGUAACCUCUCUCCCUUUAAAAGCAAACUCAGAGUUGUGCAGGUGGGUGAUGUGCAAAGGAAUCGAUUCUUGAGCGAGGCCUUAAAACCAUGGGAGAUGCCAAUCUUUUCAGAUUUAUUGGGGCAGCUCAGGUCUGAGGUAGAGCAAAUCAGCGUAGGGCAACAAAGACAAUUAAGGGAGUGGAGCAUCUCCCUUAUGAGGAAAGGCUGAGGGAGCUGGGGCUCCUUAGCUUGGAGAAGAGGAGACUGAGGAGUGAUCUCAUUAAUGUUUAUAAAUAUAUCAAGGAUGAGUGUCAUGAGGAUGGAGCCAGGCUCUUCUCGGUGACAACCAAUGAUAGGACAAGGGGUAAUGGGUACAAACUGGAACACAAAAGGUUUCACUUAAAUUUGAGAAGAAACUUCUUCUCAGUGAGGGUGACAGAGCACUGGAACAGGCUGCCCAGGGAGGUUGUGGAGUCUCCUUCUCUGGAGACAUUCAAGACCUGCCUGGACACAUUCCUGUGUAACCUCAUCUAGGUGUUCCUGCUCCAACAGGGGGAUUGGACUAGAUGAUCUUUUGAGGUCCCUUCCAAUCCCUAACAUUCUGUGAUUCUAUGAAAUCAGUGUCAGAAGUCAUUUUUUUUAAACUCUUGGCCAAAGAGCUCAGUUGCUGGGAAUGCUGUUCAAAGGGUUGUACCGUCCAGGUCAUUCCUCCAGAGGAGUGGAAAAGGAAGGGUCCAGAAAACAAAGUCCCUUCCCUGGUGGCUGAGGAAAUCCCUUCAUCUCCAAUUCUUUUUUUCUGGGUUUUUAGUCCCAGCAUAUCUCCGACUUUUGGCCUUGUCUGUGGCAGGUGCAGAACAUCACUCCAGGUGUUGCAGCAGGGGCUACCCACACAUGGGCUGCUCAUAAUAAUAUUUGAUGAGAUUUAACCAUUUGCUCAGUUUUCUGCCAGUGAUGACCUCCUUAGCUUUCCUUCCUGCCCUGCUUCUUUCUGUUCUCUUACCUCACUGCUUCCCCACUAUCAUCUGUCCAGAGGAAAUUAUCUACCUCAGCUUGCUUCUUCCUGCUUUUUUUGCUUUCACUAAUGUCAAAUUACAGCUCUCUCCCCACCUUCUCUUCUCCUUUUUAUUCUUUCCUCGUUUCUCCCCCUCUGUAUUAUUACCAGCCUCACUUCCCUGCUUCUCUCAUGCAUUCUACUUCCAGCCUUAUUAUUUACUCCUGCGUGCCCAUGGCUCAGAUGCUUGCUGGGUGCACUCUCAACCCUCUGCCUGCUGAAAGCUGAAGCUCAGGACCCCAUGGAGGAGCUCAGGUUUUUGCAGGAUCUGGUCCCUAAAAACUAACUUCUGUCACAAUAUCAAAAUUAUAAUGAUGUUCCAGUUAUCUUCUCUUCUUUGCACCAGAAAGCACUGUGCCAAGCAAUGCUGUCUCUUAGUAUUACUAGAAGAGACAUUUCAAGCCAUAUUCCACCAGUCUCUGCAGAGCUGUGCCUGUUCUGAAAGAUUUUAUGGCCUUUCCUAGUUUUGCAUUGUUUUAUUUCUGCCGUGAAUGUUUGGUUCUGCAAAGUCUGGCAUUCAUCACCUUGCAGGGGAGAAUUUGCCCUUAGUCAAGCUCUCUCUGUUUGACUGAUCCCCUUCUCCAGCAUUUAAAACUUAUUCUAUCCCUCGUGCUAGAAAACCCUUCCCACCUCCAUCGCAUGCUGGAUUCUCAUCUAGCGAGAAGGGAAGGAUGGGGAUGGCCCCUUGAGCUCAUCCCACACCUCAGCAAUGCCACCAUGGGCAGGCCCAGUGAUGCAGCCAUAUCCGUGUGUUGACUUUGCGACUUGGGGCCUUGGCCACCAGCUGAAAGGCAUGUGCUGUGCUCAGUACCCGUGACUCCUGUAUAAGAGCUGCUUUUGUUCUGCUGCUGUGGUGUGUCGCUUCUGGUGACCACCCCUCCGCUCCCACUCCUUUUGGCUCCCCCAGCAGAGAGGAUAUGUGCAUGGCCAGGGAUUGUCAUGGCCCCUCUCCCCCGUGCUGUGGUUCAGAAGGAGAUCACAUUCCCCUGUGUUCACCUACAGGGCUUCUGACUUUUUUCCUGCCCCCUUGCUCCCCCAGUACCUCCCAGCAUCUCCCUCCCACCACAGGCAGCUGCUUGAAAUAAUCCUCUGUGAAACCUCUUAAUUCUAAGGAGCUAUUUAGGGAGCUGUGCUCAAAUCCCUCUGAAAUCCUCUUUUUCCUGAGGGCUGCGAAAAAUAAAAUAAAUGCCACUGCCCCCACCCUCUGCAGCAGCAGGGAUGCAAUGGGAAAGGCAGAAUUGCCACUGCUGCUCAAGUGCUGCUUCCCCUGGAGAUGCAGAUGCAAUCCUCUCCUGUGGGAGAGGGGAGCUCUUUCUGCUGCUGUUCUCCCAGAUGUGCUCCAACAGCUGGCAGCUGGUCAUACAAACACGUGUGCAACAUCCACAACACGAUUCCGAUGCUGUGCAGCACCGUAAGGCUUCAGCUAGCCCAUCACUGCUUGUAGUCUCUCCAAAACUCUAUUAAAUGAUGUGUUGGGUGCA